AUGCUUUCAAUGCUAAUCAACCUAAUUUUAUUAACUCUUCCAGCGUUUACAGAUACACUAAUUUGUAUAUCGCAUCACGAAUAUCAUGAAGACGGUAAAAUUCGUUUAAUUAAUUUAAAUCACUGUGGUGCAUAUAAUGGUUUCUGUGUAAAAGUACGUUAUUGGGAUGAUGAUCCGUUGAAAAAACGUGGUUUUUCACGCGGUUGUGAUAAGAACGAUUGCAUUGAAUUUGGCAAUUCGUUGUUCGGCUGGAAACCUAAUGGAUGCCGUCAAAACAGUGACUAUGGUAGUGACGGUGAAAUAUGCUGUUGUCAGACUGAUAUGUGCAAUGGUACUAUUGGACGACAACUACAAAUUUCUGUUAUUCUGCUACAAGUACUGUUGCUGCUUUUAUUUUUAACUGUACGUUACUAA